GUGGGAAAUAUGUCCCCCGAGCCAUCCUCGUUGACCUGGAGCCAGGCACCAUGGACUCAGUCCGCUCUGGACCAUUUGGACAAAUCUUCAGGCCUGACAACUUUGUCUUUGGUCAAAGUGGAGCCGGAAACAACUGGGCCAAAGGUCACUACACGGAGGGGGCGGAGCUGGUGGAUUCAGUCCUGGAUGUGGUGAGGAAAGAGGCAGAGAGCUGCGAGUGUCUGCAGGGUUUCCAGCUCACUCACUCUCUCGGAGGAGGCACCGGCUCCGGCAUGGGCACGCUGCUCAUCAGCAAGAUCAGGGAGGAGUACCCUGACCGCAUCAUGAACACCUUCAGUGUGGUGCCCUCUCCUAAGGUAACACUUACAGUCCUGUACAGCUGA